UGGCUGGCUGGCGUUGAGCCGGGCUCCAGACCACUAGUCCGCCAGCCUCGGCCGUGAGCUCUGCAGAGAGGGGAGGCCGCCAGCCUUGCGCCAUGGGAGCGCAGCUGCUGCGUUAGAGAGGCACACCGCGCCCACCGUGCCCGGAGGGUCGCCCCAGAGAAGGAUCCACCGGAGCGGGCGGGAUGAGCGGCAACGCGGCGCCCCCGGGGCCCGGCUCGGCUCCGUGCCGCUUCGCCCACUACUUCGUGCUGUGCGGGAUCGACGCCGACAGCGGACUGGAGCCCGACGAGCUAGCAGUCUUAUACCAGUGGCUAGAAGCAGAUCGCCUUGGCAAGAGCUCAGAUACUGCUGACAGAAAAACAGGAGAAAAUUUUGACCAGAGUCCCUUAAGAAGAACGUUUAAGUCCAAGGUCUUAGCACACUAUCCCCAGAACAUAGAAUGGAACCCCUUCGAUCAAGAUGCAGUCAACAUGUUAUGUAUGCCCAAAGGGCUGUCCUUCAGGACUCAAACAGAUAACAGAGACCCCCAGUUCCACUCGUUCAUUAUCACCAGGGAAGAUGGUUCUCGCACUUAUGGAUUUGUGCUCACCUUCUAUGAGGAAGUCACAAGCAAGCAGAUCUGCACAGCCAUGCAGACGCUUUAUCAGAUGCACAACGCGGAGCAAUGCAGCAGCGUCUGCGCCUCGUCAUCGUGUAGCAUGGACUCGCUGGCGAGCAGCCUUGACGAAGGCGACUCCACAUCGCUUGCAAAGAUGCAGCGCUACAACUCGUAUGACAUCAACAGGGACACACUGUAUGUCUCCAAGUCUAUUUGCCUCAUUGCUCCGCUGCCCUUCAUGCAAGCCUGCAAGAAGUUCCUCAUCCAGCUCUACAAGGCAGUCACUUCUCAGCAACCUCCACCUUUACCCCUGGAAAGCUACAUCCAUAACAUUCUUUAUGAAGUGCCCCUUCCACCUCCGGGAAGGUCAUUAAAAUUCUAUGGAGUAUAUGAACCUAUUGUUUGCCAGAGACCUGGGCCUAAUGAACUCCCGUUGUCCGACUACCCUCUUCGGGAGGUUUUUGAACUGUUAGGCUUGGAGAACCUCAUCCAGGUUUUCACGUGUGUGCUCCUAGAAAUGCAGAUCCUUCUUUAUUCUCAAGACUACCAGCGUCUGAUGACGGUGGCGGAAGGGAUCACCACGCUACUGUUCCCGUUUCAGUGGCAACAUGUCUACGUCCCCAUUCUCCCUGCUUCCCUCCUGCAUUUCCUUGAUGCUCCAGUACCUUAUUUGAUGGGUCUGCAGUCCAAGGAAGGAACGGACCGUUCCAAACUGGAACUUCCCCAAGAGGCUAACCUCUGCUUUGUGGAUAUUGAUAACCAUUUCAUUGAGCUACCAGAGGAACUGCCUCAGUUUCCCAACAAGCUGGAUUUCAUCCAGGAAAUCUCCGAGGUUCUCCUUCAGUUCGAGGUCCCCCUGGAAGCCACCUUCCAUUCUAGCGAGAAUGCCACUAAGCUGAAGAACCUUGUCUUGAACGAGUUGGCCAAUGAUAAAAAAAAUGGGAACAUCCCCAGCAACACCAUCAACAUGUAUGAGCUGCUGAAAGGCAACGAAACCAUUGCCCGCCUCCAGGCUUUGGCAAAGAGGACAGGAGUGGCAGUAGAUAAAAUGAGCAUUACCUCUCCCCUGGCAGAGAAGGAAAGAGACGUGAAGCUUCAGUGCGAAGAAGGAGAGCUAAGGGACUAUAAACUGAACGUACUGCUUCGGGAGGUCUUUGCCAACCGCUUCACACAGAUGUUUUCUGAUUACGAGGCCUUCGUCAUUCAAGCGGCACAGGACAGGGAGUCGUGGCUGACAAACAGGGAACAGAUGCAGAACUUUGACAAAGCUUCCUUUCUUUCUGACCAAUCUGAGCCUUACCUUCCAUUCCUCUCACACUUCAUUGAAACCCAAAUGUUUGCAACGUUUAUCGACAACAAAAUUAUGUCCCAGUGGGAAGAAAAAGAUCCCUUUCUACGAGUGUUCGAUUCACGGAUUGAUAAGAUGAGGCUGUAUCACGUCAGGGCUCCUGCCUUAAGAAUGUCUGCUUAUCAAAAGUGCGGCACUUUAAAAGAGGCAGCUCAGGCCAUCGAACAGCGGCUAACAAAGAUUGACCAUACUGCAAUUCAUCCGCACUUGCUCGAUAUGAAAAUAGGUCAAGGCAAAUACGAGCAAGGUUUCUUCCCAAAGCUUCAGUCAGAUGUGCUAGCAACGGGGCCUGCUAAUAACAAUCGGUGGGUUAGUCGAAGCACUACGGCCCAGCGCAGGAAAGAUCGCCUUCGCCAGCAUUCAGAGCAUAUUGGUUUGGACAACGAUUUAAGGGAGCUAUCGAAGGAGUUCUCGAUUCGUCAGAACUCAAUGGCAUUCUGGGAGUGGGAUCAGGGCCCACCCCCACCUACACGGCCACCUAAAAAAUCAUUCUCUGAAUGUUCCCUGAAGUACAUGCAAGAAGCAAGGACCUUGGGGAAAAAUUUGAGGCAGCCCAAACUCUCAGAUCUUUCUCCUGCUGUAAUUGCUCAGACAAACUGGAAAUUUGUGGAGGGUUUGCUCAAAGAAUGUCGAAUGAAGACGAAGCGGAUGCUGGUAGAGAAGAUGGGCCAUGAGGCAGUGGAGCUUGGACAUGGAGAGGCCAACAUAACUGGUCUGGAAGAGAAUACUCUGAUUGCAAGUCUUUGCGACUUGUUGGAAAGAAUCUGGAGCCACGGACUACAGGUUAAACAGGGAAAAUCUGCAUUGUGGUCUCACUUAAUUCAGUACCAGGAAAGAGAAGAGAAACAGGAGCAUCUCGCGGAAUCCCCUGUUGCCAUUGGGCCAGAAAGAAGGAAGUCUGACUCGGGGCUUAUGUUACCUACUCUGAGAGUCUCACUUAUCAGUGAUAUGAGGCACAUUCAGAACAUGAGUGAAAUAAAGACAGACGUGGGUCGUGCCCGAGCCUGGAUCAGGUUGUCCUUGGAGAAGAAACUUCUCUCCCAACAUCUUAAGCAGCUUCUCUCCAAUCAAGCUCUGGCAAAGAAACUGUACAAGCGUUACGCCUUCCUGCGCUGUGAAGAAGAGCGGGAGCAGUUCCUCUAUCACCUCCUUUCCCUCAAUGCUGUAAACUACUUCUGCUUCACAAGUGUCUUCACCACCAUAGUGAUUCCAUAUAGGACGGUGAUAAUCCCCAUUAAGAAGCUAAGCAAUGCAAUCACCACAUCGAACCCGUGGAUUUGUGUUUCGGGAGAACUGGGAGAUACCGGAAUAAUGCAGAUUCCAAAAAAUCUUUUAGAAAUGACAUUUGAGUGUCAGAACUUAGGGAAAUUGACCACUGUUCAGCUGGGACAUGACAACUCAGGGCUGUUAGCCAAAUGGCUGGUGGAUUGUGUCAUGGUCAGGAAUGAAAUCACAGGACAUACUUAUAAGUUCCCGUGUGGGAGGUGGCUGGGAAAGGGAGUGGAUGACGGCAGCUUGGAGAGGAUUCUGAUAGGAGAGCUGGUUCCAUCAACAUCUGACGAAGAUCUAGGGAAGCGGUGCCGGACCCCUCCUCAGCAGAAAUCCCCAACUACAGCUCGGCGCCUGAGCAUCACUACCCUCACAGGGAAAAAUCCAAAACCCAACACAGGACAGAUCCAAGAGGGAAUCGGGGAAGCUGUGAACAAUAUUGUGAAACACUUUCACAAGCCAGAGAAAGAGAGGGGAAGCCUCACUGUUCUGUUGUGCGGAGAAAAUGGCUUGGUUGCGGCACUGGAGCAGGUCUUCCACCACGGUUUCAAGUCUGCUCGCAUAUUCCAUAAAAACAUCUUCAUCUGGGACUUCAUAGAGAAGGUCAUUGCCUACUUUGAGACCACAGACCAGGUUGGAGACAACGAAGAGGAUGUGCUUCUCCAGAAAUCCUCCUACACAACAUUCUGCCGCUACGUCAAUGCCAUCAAUACAGCUCCACGCAAUAUAGGGAAAGACGGGAAGUUCCAGAUUCUAGUUUGCCUCGGAACUCGGGAUCACUUGUUCCCCCAGUGGAUCCCGUUGUUGGCAGAGUGCCCGGCCAUCACACGGAUGUACGAAGAAAACGCGCUCCUGCGGGACCAUAUGACAGUGAACUCUCUCAUCAGAGUCUUACAGACUUUGCAAGACUUCAACAUCAUCUUGGAAGGGUCUCUUAUUAAAGGAGUCGAUGUGUAGCAUGGCUUUGCGGGCGGCUCCUCUGUCCUCUCCUAUGCAAACAAAAUAUAUCAAAUUUGGGAGGAGGAGAGGGAACCUAUUAAAACGCAGUUGCUCCUGGUAGUGCCCCUAGUGUAUGUUACAAUUGGCUUGUUGAUAGGAGGGAGUAGAGGGAUACCCCCCCCUUUCUCUCUCUCUCUGUAUCAUCUCCUUACUGGUUUGCCCUAAAGCUGCAAACGAGUUACGCUGCAGUAUUGUAGUUUUCAAAACAGAGGUUUAGUAUAAAAUAGAGUAUUUUCAUGUGUUCACUGUGUGUAAAUAGGCUAUCUUCUUUCAGAAAUUCUACCAACAAAGAAUUUUUUUCUUAGAAUCAGUGUUCUCGGGCGGGGGGGGGGGGGGGGCUUUAAAAAAACCUUUGUAGGGUUGGGGGUGGGAGGGGGAAGCAAUACUUGUUAGUAUAGAAAAAGCCACUUGGUAUGUAAAUAUUGUACAAAGGUAAAAGGGGCUUUUUCAUGUAUUGCAAUGGAACACAUGAAGACGCUCUAGGUAGCAAUUGCGGUACUCUUUGUGAAUGUAUAUUGUUUGCUCUACUCUACUGGUAUGUGUUGUUCCCUUGUUAUACGGUUUUGGGGAGAACCCCUUUUUGUGUGCAUCUGAUAAGCUGUGAUAACCUAGGAUCCUGGAUCUUCCCUGUGAACUUUGUCAAUCAGCAGAAGCUGUACAAAGAAGCGCCUUCACACUGGACCUGAAGUAUUCUUGAGCUUGAAACCAGAAUCCACCAGGGUCUAUACUGGAGUUUCAACUGGCUGUUAUGCUACUAUCUUUCCUUCCCUUUUGUUUUCCUCUUUGGGCUUUUGUACUGUGGUGGUGAUAUCUAUUCCGGGAGACUUUCUUCUGCGCUGCUUUGAGAAGGCAGUUUGUUGUUACAAGCUACUUAAACUGGAUCCUUAGGCUGCAGAACUGUUUUGGGAAGCUUGAAACUAGGAAGGCUAAUGGCCACUGACUAGAAGACUUACCUUCCUGCCUGCAGGAUGACGCACUGUGGUCUCUGUUACUUUUACACUUGUGGGAGACAGCUUUCCUUCCCUGCAAAUUUUAGCUUGGCUUGCAGUGUUGCAACCUCCUAUGUGAUGGCCCAGUUGGAAAGCUGCUUUGCCAACAAGGUGUCAGAGUAACCAGGCGGAAAACAAAGUUGGAGAUAAAGCCCUUUUCUUAAGUUGUCUUAAAGUAAAGGAGCAGUAUUGCUUCUUCCCUUGCUGUUCCAGUAGUAGAAGAAUCCUGUGAUAACGUUUGGAAGGGUCAGUAUGGCUGCAUCCUGUGGUUGUUCUGGACCUGUGGUGGUACUAGCAUGAGAAUUCUGUUGUGGCUCCACCCAUGGGAUCUUGGGAUUCUUGUGGUACCAAAGCAAUGAGUGACAAGACCGGGCUACCAGCUGUGCAUGUGCUGAUGGACGAGUCUCCUCAGAAUCAACUUUGAUACUUUUAGUCUCUUUUUAAAAAAGGAAGACAAAAGGAACCUGAGACUAAACAUUAUUCUGCCAAAAAUGUCCGUAUUUUGAGUGGUAGGCAUAUAUAUUAGAUAGAUUAGUUUAAGCACUAGUAUGCAAAGAUUAAUGCUAAAGAAUGGGGAGGGUUGGAAUGACCAUCUUGGCAUGUUCUCAUUCAUUCCCUUCAGUAGAUUUCAGGCUACUUUCACCCUUCGGCGAUUUGGCUGCAGCAUUAGAUGUCAGUCUUACGAUCUCUGGAGCUUUCUCUGCCUGCUCAUUUUAGACAUUAAGAUAAAACUGUGCUCUACCCUGUUCGACAGCAGUCUACUUGGAAGUCCUUUUAGGAGAUUAUAUGGAUUAGAUUACCUCUUAAGGGGUGAUAUACAAGUUUAAUGUUAUUGGUCUCCUUUUUUCAUCCUCCUACGCUGCACAGCAGCAGGUUCCAAGUGAGCUGGAGCGCAGAUCGACGAAAAGCGGAAUGCAACAUAUACAAUAUAAACGUGUUGGCUGAAGAAAGCAUGUGUGCAAAAGAGUCUUCUCCCAGAAAGCAUCUGGGAGAAGGUGCUGGAGAGGAGAAGAACCCACAAACAUAGACUUGGGAAUGUCGUGUUUGCCAUUGCAUGUAUAGGUUCCACCCUAAAAUGAUCCCCUCACCUGCUUUCUUGCUAGCUUGUGACCUUCUGAAAUUAUUUACCAGGCUUUUGAGGAAGGAACAGGAGUUCAGCUGGCAGCAAAUAGGGAACAUUAGCCAAUUAGAAGAUUCUGAAAUGGGUCCUCCAAAAAUAUCAGAACAUGGUUGGUAUCUCUAACAACUUUUUUUUUUUUGAAAAGGUGGUAUCUUUUGUCAUCUUGUUUGCUUAAAGCACAUGAAUCCCACUGUAUUAAGAUUUGCCUCAGAAAGGCUAUGGCAGAAUGAGCGCGCAAGGUCUUUUUAGAAGCUUCAGCUAGAAUUUUCCAAAGGCACCUUGAAUGCAUGAACUGGGUCACUCCAGACGUUUUUUCACCCCCAUAGCAAAACCAGUUACUCAUUUACACGAUAGUUGCGUGGUUGCCCCACCCAGUGCUGGUAGAGGGCUUGAUUUAUGAAAGCUAUACUAAUUCAAAAAUUCAAAUUUCUAGGAAGCUAAUUGUUUAGCGGAUUGAUGGCUGCUGCCAAUUCAAACAGGUGGGGAUCUGAAUAUUUAUCCCUCUUCACUUGCCCUUCCAAACCGGUUUGGAAACAUCUAUGUGGAAAACGUGCUUUCAAAAGCUUCUUUUUAUUGCUACUAAAAAUAAUUUCUCCCAUCAAAUUUCCAGCACUUUCCAAACCACCGAUACAUUUGUCCUUUUGCUAGCUUAUUUCUGCUUCUUCAAGACACAAAAAGCAGACUCUCACCUGUUCAUAUUCCAAAGUACUAAUCCAGAGAAUACAGGUAAACAAAGGAUGGACUUCAGAAUGGGAGUAUGAAUACAAGGGCACCAGAAAAUAAAAGGACAGUGAAAUUGCUUUGCUUUCAGGCAUCACAAAAUUUGCCCAAUGCAUUCAGUCCUGAGCUGUCCUUCUACUGAUAAAACAUCAAAGAAGACAAGGUACUGCUGGGAACGUGAAUUCUAGAAGAAACCAGGGUAUGAAUUGCUUGGUCCCCUGCACUGACUCCCAUCUUGCUUUGCAUCUGUGGUCUGUGCACUGCCACCAGAACCUGUCUGAUGAGGCAUCUGGUAUUUCAUGACAUUGGAAAGUAGUAACUGGAAAUCUCUCUUUUAACAGUGCUGGUCAUUCAAAAUAUCUUCCCGCUCAGCAUGCAGUGCCCCAGCUGAAGGUUUCGUGCAGUAACGUGAUUUUUUUUUCUCCCCUGUGAAAGCAUCAAAUUCGUUAGUCAUCUUCAUGUUGCACCAGAUGGAUAGCAUGUGAGGAGUACUGUAUGUCCCUCGCCUUUAGGCAAUAAUACAUGAAGUGUGUAGUUUAUAGAACAGCUCCAAAGUAUUUUUGAAGCAUGAGAUUGAUCUCUUAUUCUAGUCCAUCUGACUACUUCAAAAGUGCAGUUCUUGGCAAUCUUUUGGUUUUGUUUUGCUUUGUUUGGGGUGGGGGUGGGGAUUCCUAUCACCUCUAACUUUUUCUUUUAACGGAUGACUUUGAUUAGUGGAAAUGUUCCUGCUUACUGACUCUGUUCUGCCCCCAUGGAAAGAUAAGUUGGUCAAAGUUCUGGGAAGACAUCAGUAUUAAUGGGAUUUUUAAGACAACCAAAGCCUUCUUGUAACCUACUCACAGUAGAUUCCAUAUUCAAGGAACAGUAUAUGUUCCUUAUUACUCUGCUGUAUACUAGCAUAGUCAAAACUUGAAAACUGAGGAUCAGUAUAUAAAUGCAGUAACUCUCUGACACUAACAAAAUUAGCUAUAUUCAGUAUGGGAUGAGGGGAACAUACCACUUUGUGUUAUGAAAGCAAUGACCUUUAGCCAAAUCUCAAGUACUUUGAGGCAAGUCCCACUUUGGUUAAGAGGGUCCGGCUUGUAAUUCAGUUUGCUUGCGAUUGGCUGUCAGCUACCUUUGUUUAGAAGAUGUCGAGAGGUGCUGGAGAAUCAUCAGUACUUUGAUUUCUCACUCACCUUCAUUCAAGUGAAAGGGCGUCUUUCUAGGGAAAUGUUGUAUGUUACACUGGAACUGUACAAAUAUGCCUGGGAUGAUUUUGAAAACUCCUGCCCCUUAAGUAUUUUCAAAGUAUGUUGCUAUUGUUCUGUUAUGUUUUGUUUCUAAAUUAAUCAGGACUGGAUAAUGUUAAGGAAGUGGCUGUUGGUAAAAGUAUUGUUCUAUCAAGCACUUUAGCAUACAUAUCAAAUUGACAUGGGUUUUUUUUCAGGGUUUGGAUUACAGUGAAAUGCAGCUUUUCAUGCAAUGGUCUUUGCAAAUAAAACUGAGAAUAAUA